AUGGCUUCCCGCGCGCUCGCGAGCAACGAGGAGUUGUGGCAGCGGGCGAGCAAGACGGGCACGGGACUGAGUGUUACCACGCUGCGUUUUUCGCGAACCAUUUCGCUGGACCAGGUUAAAUCAGCAGCUGCACUCGCCGCAUCGCAGCACCCCAUCCUGGCGGCCAGGAUCAUCAGGGUGCAGAAACCCAAGCCGCACUGGGAGCUUAAUGUGCCUGCUGACGCCCCCCCUGCUGUCACCGUGGCGGCGCGCUCGUGGCACGAAGUGCUAGGGGCGGAUGGGGCGAGCACGCUAGGCGCUAGUGAGACGGAGGACGCGCUGAGGCUGCUGACUCAGGCGGAGAUGAACACUCCCAUGGUGGCAGUUGGGGAUAAGGAUGAGGAGCCGACCAACGUUUUCCAGGUCCACGUGUACCCCUCUGAGCUCGCCACGUGUAUCGUUCUGAGGGGCCACUGCGCUGCCUUUGAUCGCUCCUCCGCUCUCUCGGUCGCCCGCGCUUUCCUCUCUGCCCUUGCGGCUGUGCUCGCUGGCACCGCCCCCUCUUCACCAGCCUGGCCCACCACAGGCAUCUCUCUGCCCCCCUCCCUCGCCUCCCUCAUGCCCAAGGGCGCACAGGCGAAGGGCUUUUUCACCAAGGUGGUGGACGCGGUGGGGUAUGCCGCCUCAUCGAAAUCUGCGAUGCUGCCCUUCCAGCCCGGCUGUGCUGACUCGCGCAAGAAUCACUUUCGCUCCGAGGUCAUCCCCAUCCACCUCUCCCAGCAAGAGACCGAUGCACUCAAGACAGCGUGUGAGGCGAGGGGCAGCUCGCUGUAUGGAGUGCAGUGUGCGGCUGUGCUCAAGGCGGCUGCAGAGGAGCUGAAGCUGAAGAAGGAUGAGUCUUUCGGCGUCACCAGUCUCAUCGACUGUCGCCAGUACUGCGACCCUGCGCUCCCCUCAUCGGCCAUCGGGGUGUUUGACUCAGGGCUGCCUCUCAAGCACUCUUGCUCGCACGCCUCCUCUCUGUGGGGCAUUGCCGGGCAGCUCACGCAGCAGGUGGCAUCUGCGGUCAGCAAGGGGAAACAUUUCUCGGAACUGCCCGUGCUGGAGAUGCUCUUUGGCACGGUGCUCAACACGCCCUCCCUCAGCCCAGAGCACUCCCUGCGCACCGCCUUCCUCACCGCCUUCACUGACGGUCCACUCCCCCUCGACCUCGCCACUGCACACGACACUACCAAUGGCACCACUACUAACGGCAGCACCAACGGUACCAGCGACCUGGCUGUGCUGCAGCUGGGCGGAGUGAUGGGGCCUCUGGUGGCCAGUCACGGCAUUGGGCCCUGUAUUGGCAUGCCCGACUUCAUCAAGGAUGGGGCGCUGCAGCUGCUGCUGGUGUACCCUACUCCGCUCUACUCGCCUGCUCAGAUGGCCCAGUUUGCUGUCCUCGUUAAGAACAAUCUCCUUGCAGCUGCAGCUAACCAGGAUGUGUAG